UGAAAGGGCGCAGAAUCCCUGGGGCUCGGCGCGCCAGGUCUCUGUGUGAGGCUGCCGGGCCCUCUCUCCCGCCUCCCGCUUCCAGGCGGGAUGGGAUGGGAUGGGAUGGGAUGGGAUGGGAUGGACGGCGCCUCGCCCUCCCCGCCGCGGAACGUUUAGAGGCCGGAACCUGCCGCCCGCCUGGCGGGGAAGAGGCGGGGAAAGAGAAAAGAGCGGACGCGGCGCCGCCGCCAUUGCACAGGUUCCGCUCCCGCCGCCAUUCCCGACCUGUCCCGGCCAUGUACCGGCCGGGAUUCCGCGCCCCGACACCUCCCUACGCGGGCGGCGGCUUCCGGAGCCCUCCCUCCGGCGGAGGGCCCCUGCCGCCCUCUCCGCGGGGCUACGGGAGCCCCCACCACACGCCGCCCUACGGCCACCGGCCCGGGCCCUACGGCAGCGGCCUCUCGCCCCGAGGCCCCGGGUUCCACGGGCGCUUCGGGAGCCCCUCGCCCGGGGCGCAGACCCCGCGCAGGCCGCAGAGCGUCAGUCCCCGGUACCCGGCUCCGUACGGCGGCGCGUCCCCGGCCGGAGCGCCUCUGCACCCGCCGCCGCAGCACAAGCGCUCGCCCGGCGGCUUCCAGAGGCACUUCCAGGGAUCACCCAGGACAUCUACUCCAUUUGGUACAGCGCAUGGCAGAGAGAAAAGAGUGUCUAAUGAUGUGGAAAACUAUUACAGACCUUCAAUGCUUGAGGACCCAUGGGCUGGCCUAGAGCCAGUUUCUGUUACAGACAUAAACCAGCAAUACAGCAGUGAGCAAACAACAUGUACUGGUAAAAAAGGGAGGUAUUUCAGCUAACACUUUUAAAGGCCAAAUAACUCCAUCUUGUCAGGAAAACUUUGGGACAGAAUCUUUACACUUACACAAGAUGAACAAUAAUCAAGACCUUAGAUAAUACUUUUACUUCAUCACAUGUCCACCCUUUUAUCCUACCUUUUUUUAUUGCAUUGGAUAUUUUUAUGUAUGGGAGGCAAAAGGAGUGGUAGGAAAACUUUUAUUUCUGGCUAUGUGGAAGUGCCUACCAGCUCUGAAGAACAAAGUGUUCUUUAAUCACCAGCGACUGAUUUGUGACUGUUAAAACAAGUUUCCAUAUACUUACCUCUCCCAUGCCAGAUUGUUUGCCUUUUAUUGUGAAGUAUCUUAGGGAGUGGUAUUUUUUUAUGUUUCAACAAUUUUACAAUGAAAUAACUUGGAAGUAAAAUAAAGUUUUGUAAAUCCUUGUUUUGUAAUGUAUAAAGAAUAUUUUAGGAGCUUUGUUAAGGUGUACACGUUAACACAGUAGUUCUCAACACUGAAAUUAGGUGACUUCUGUAAAUGUGCUUGUAUGCUGUAGUUAACGUCUGGUUUUGUGCAUAGUAAUUCUUGUUAAUCGCACUGUAAUGUGAAGUUGAAACAUGACUUAGAGCCAUCUCAGGAAACAAAUGUAUGGGUUUUGGAAAGUUUAAUUUGUUGAACAAACUCUUGAGUCACAAACUCAAUUCUGGAAUUGCUUGUUUUUAUGUUUAAAAAAUAUAUAUUUGGAUCAAUAUUAGAAAUUCCUGGAUUAUAGUAACAAGUCUGUUCAGUGACAGUUCAGGUCUAAAGGAUGCAAAACAUCAAGCUUACAUAAAUGCAAAUGUUCUUUCUGGAUCCAUCUGCUAGAAUUGUACAGAAUGAAUAACAGUUUUUGUUACACAGUUGACAUUAGUACAUGCAUAGCAUCUUUUUUUAAUCUGUUUUAUAUUUUUCAAUUAUUUUUUAUUAUUACUUACAGCAGGCAUCAUUGCCAGGAGGAUUGUUUUAUUUGUUAUAUGCUAUAUUUUUAUACUGAAAAGGAAAGCAACAAGUUGGGGGUUUUUUUAGAGCUUGUCUUUAUGUGGAAGAUCCAUGCUUAAAUACAGGAGUGAAUAUCAUAAUCUAGAAUAAAAAAGAAAUAGUUCCAGCUGCAGGCAUGUUCUUAACUUGCCAUGUUAAGCCUGCAGUAGUGAGAUACAUUUUUGUUGAACAUACCACUAUUUGUUUGUUGAUCUUGGCUUUUAAGUCAAGGUACAGUGUAAAAACUUGCUUAAAUAAAACCAUUAGUUUGGUUUUCAAAAUACAUGUGUUCUUUUAAGCUUCUUAUAUACUCCAAACAUAUUUUUGUAGUCCUGAGUCAUGGUUAGGUAGAAAAGCAUAGGAAAUCCCAUUAAACUGUUCUUAGUAAAUUGUCUUUUGCCAAGGUAGACUAGUCCUCGGUACUCUUUAUCUGUUUCAGCAUAAGAUGUUAGGUUAACACUGCCUUUGAGAACAAUUUCAAACUGUAAGGGGGGUUUAAUGUGUUGAAAUAUGCUGAGUCUCUUGUACUAUUAGGACCACAAUCUAAAGUAUGUCACUUCUGUCGUUCCCCAGUUGGCCCUGAACUAGUAUUAUGUCCAAAAAGGCUGCCUCAAGAGCUGAGAACAUAAUGCCUACUGGAUAUCAAGAAUGGUUAAAUCUUCAUCCCAGAAUCAAAAAGUGGUGCCUUAAAUGGCAGCUAUCAGUAUUGUAAUCUGUAACAGGUACCAGUGAAACUGAAAUGACAAGUUGUAGUCUUUAGAAUUUAUACAUAAGUUAAUCAGUGUCAUUGUGAAAAUUGAAGUGUAAAGUUUUCUUUCUUUUCCUUUUUUUUUUUUUAAACCUUGUGCUGUAAAGCUCACAGAAAAAAAAAAGUUGCAGUGUGCUUAACCAAGUGCCCUGUUUUGUUGCUGUUUCCCAUGUAAUUGAAUUGCAAUUUAUGUUUUGCAACAUUUGGUGAUCUUGGAGAAACAAAAAUUAUUCUGUUUAAGAGAGUUAAGUCAUGAUGUGUUCUCAGAUAUGAGAAGAGUCUGGGUUUGGAAGGGAGAAAGGAAAGGUAAGGGAUUCUUGAGAGAAAGAAGACUGUUAGAGGUGGGCUUCAUACACAGUAGCCAGCAUGAGCUACCUUUGCACAUUGCAAAGAUGGAUUUUUCCACUUUGGCAGCAUUGCAGUUGACCCAGGCAUCAAAGCCAGACUCCUCUGAUAAUAACUCCUGGAACUAGGUAUCAGACAUCAGUGAAGGUAAAUGUUCCAGAAAGAGAACUGAGGAAAUAAUCUUGAAGCACUGUUUAAUCCAUGCACACCUUCCACAAUGCCAUCUGUUAAACUGCUGCUUCAGUGCACGUCAUGAUAUGACUCAACAAUUUUAAGUACAGCUUACUGCUAAAGGCUACAGUCAUUUGGUCAAGCAUCAGCACCAAAAACUUAAAAAGGAUUCACCUUUCUGGCUUCUGGCAGAAAUUCUGUAAUUACAGUAAAAUUUAGAUAUGUCAUUGUUGAAGACCUGUAAAAUGCAUGAACACAUGUUCAGAACUAUAAAUAUAAUGUACUCAAAGCCAAUUUAAGCUUUGCCUUUCUUGCCAUGAUAUCCAGGAAGCUUAAGGACAUACAUCCUUUCCAGUUUUUUUUCCUUUUUACCAUUUGGCAAAAAUCCAAUGGAGAGAGGAUAUAUCACUUCCUCAUUUGUUAAUGAAGCCACUUCAUAGUACCAGUACCAUUCUGGAAAUAGCAUUUGAUGAUAAAAUGUAAAGCACAAAAUACAUCUUCUCUUCAUGAGCCCAUGAAACACAAAAUAGUGCUUAUGUCUUGUUAAUGAAGGGAUUCUUCUGUAAUGAGUAUAUGGACAUUGCUCUUUCUUCAACAGACUUCUUGGAUUUCAAGGUAAGUUAGCUUCUUUUUCAGAAGAUUGGGUUCACACACUUUUCCAGUCUGUUUUGUUUGCCUUGUGUUUUGACGUUCUCUUCAGUUGUUGUGAAGUGUAACUCGUGACUAACUCUUCCAGCAAAAAUUUAAUUUGCUUGUUGCUGUUUGCUCCUGUGUUUAAGAGUGAACUGCAUCACUACUACAGUAACAGUAGCAAGAACUUAAAUCAGCUGAGAACAUGUGUAAUGCAGCAACACACUGGGUAGGUAGUUACUUCAAGAUGUGCACUAUAAUAGUUCAAACUUCAGGUUAGGGUUUUCUUUCCAGCUUUAUAAUAUGGAAUAUUCAUUCUUCUGUGGCACUCAGUAUGCACAUUGAAAUUGUUAAAUUAUUUAAAAUAUUAGAAUUUAAAUUAAAAUGGGUUUUUAAAAGUUCAUGUUAAACUCCUCCUCUAGAUUAGAGGUAAUGCACUGAGAUGUGGCAUUUUCCUAAUGUCGGAGCUGUGAACACUUAACAGGUAAAAUGUGGCUGGUCAGCAGAAUGGACAACUACUCUUUCAGUCAGGUUUCUUUUCCUGUUAAGGACAUCUUUAUGUUCUCUUAACUUUACAUAAAUUAUUUUAUUAGAGAAUGUGUGUGUGGGGGGGCAUUUGAAAAAUGCAUUAUAUGGAAAUUCUACAAGUAGCUGUUCACCUUCCUUCUAAAGAAAAGUUUUUUUAUAGUGUGUUUGGUUUUCAAGCUGUGCUUCUGAGUAAUCUCACUGAAGUUAGAGGAUUUGUUCAUACAUCUGGGAUGUAUAAGUAUCUAAUGUUACAGUUUGAAAAUUCUGUCAUCCAUUUAUCUGUCAGUGCUUUUUACCAGCACGGCAGUUUAUCCUUCUGCCUAGCAAUUACUCUGAAUUUGAAUUCAUACAUGUGUUUUUUAUAUGACUGUCUUGCAAUUAAUUAAAUUCAUUCUUGUAAUAUUUUCCAAAAUUCUCAAGAGUAAAGACUAUUCUCUUUUCCCCAAAUCAAGAUUUGCUUGCCUUCCUUCUAUCUUCUUGGAACUGGUGGAGGAAGGGGAGUGUUGCCUAAACUGAUGGGUGAAGAAUUGUCUAAUGAUUUUUAUGUCUCAGGCUUUCAGAAACUUACAUACCAAUUGACAUAGGUAACUAGAUAAACUUUUUGUCUCAUUUGAGAUGGUUCAAACAAUUUUUUACAUCACAAGAAAUGAAAGAAACCAAGUUGUGUUUACACUCAACAGUAAUGUGGUUUCAGCAUUCAGUCAUUAAUUCACAACCAAAUUUUUUUGCCUAAAAUAACUUCUUGUCUGUACAUCUCAAAAGGCAAAAACUGAUUCAAUUUCAUUCUCUACCAUUUUCACUUAAAUGUGUGCUUUGCUGACAUAGAAUUUAACAAUAAUUUCUCAAUCUGAACUUCUGAAUUUUCUUUUAAAAAAUAAAUAACUCUUGAGUGUUAGACCUCAAAUCUAGGCUUCCCUUUAUUUUAGAUCUGGCAAAAAAGGCUUUAUCUCAUCCCAUUGCUUCCUUGAUGAUACUAAGAAACCUGUGCCUCCUGUGCUAGAGACAGCUGGGCAGAUGUUUGGUGUGUGGCUGCCCUUCUGUCCUAGAGGUUACCCCACCAUGCCAGUCUAGCAGGGCCCAGGGGCUGCUUAUAUGGAGACAAAUAGUAAUCCAUUUUGCAUCCCCAGCUCUGUGUGGGAUUCAAACUGCAUCAGGGGGUUGGUUAGUACACAUCCUGGAUUUUAAAUUUCAUCAGCAUUUUCUGCAGUAAAAUCACAGGUGAAUUCCACUGCUGUUGUUUCACUUGUCUGUGGCUGUUGCACGUUGUUAAACAUUUGUAUACAAGAAUGUAACUCCUGCAGCUAAAAAGGAUCAUAACAGUACAGUUCCAGAGUGAAAUUUUUAAUUCUGCUGACAGUCCUGCUAUUACAAUCUGCACCAAAAAUCUGCAUGUACUACCCUGCUUCUGUGUAGCAGUAACCUCGAUGUUUGAUGCUGUAUUAAACUACAUUUAAACCUGGUAUCCGUAUGUAUUUUGCCACAGUCUAAUUGCUGUGUAUUCGAGGUAGUUAAAAACUGUUACUGUAGAGUCAAUGAGUUCAAAUCUUUGUUGUAUGCAUGAGGAAAUUCCUAUGAGUUCAAACCACUGAACAUGAUGUCGAUGCAACUGUUAGUAUAAAUACCAGUAAAGGGAACAACAAAACCUCUUUCUGAUGCAAAUCAUUCUCUUUCCAAGCAUGACAGAGCUAAUGUUAAAACAAGGGAAGAGGAAUCAAGCUAAUUGACAGCUUCUGUGGAUGCCUGUGCAGCAUAAAGCACAAAUAACAGAGCUAACAUAAGCUUUAAAAAGCAGAUUGACAGGUAGGGAGUAGUAUCAUCAAUAAUUGGAUUGUAAGUAGCAAUUGCAGUGUUCUUAAACCACCACCUCCUGUAGCUUUAUGAAGAUUUUUAGAUUAAUGUAAAAGAAGGCUUUGAGCUGUUAACAUGUUAGAAAUUAAUAUUAUUCCUACAGUUGCAGAAGAGACUGUCUUCACCACUUGUCUGUGAAGUUUAGUUUCUUUGCUUUUUUUUUUUUUUUGAGCUGUGAAAAAACAGGAUUUAAAAAUCUCAGGGAUUGUAACAGAGAAAAGGGAAAAUUAACAUCUGCAAAUGGUCCAAGAGUACAACUUGAGUUAAUAACUAUAAGAAGGCACUGAUAUUGAUUACUUGCCAUUGCACUUUCCUAAGCCUGUUUCCCUUGUCUGUAAAUUUUUAAUAGCCUCCUGAUUUCUAUGACAAUUAAGUUACACUAAGGAAAAUUACUGGGUGGUUCAUUUCCACAUGUUGGAAAGCUGUUUGCACACUGUGGGCAACAGGUUAAGAAACCAUGAUAACUGUUUGUAAAUGAAUGAGCUGCCAAAUUGUGUCCCUGGUGGAACUGAAGACAGCUUAGACUAUCAGCUGUGUUCCUAUACCCAGAAUGGUUUCUAAAAUAAACUUCAAAGCAUGUAGAAGGUUUGUGCAAAAAAACCUUUGAAUCCCUGGUUUUAAGGUAUCUAUUGCAACUGCUUGCAUUUUUGCAUUUUGACAGUAUUUAAUUUCCUCUUGCAACAAUUUCUGCAUGUUUUAUACAUUGGCUCUCCUGUAGCCUGUAAUCCUCACUGCUGUGACAUGAGGAAGAAAUAGUUACUGUCUGUACCUUGUGAAUGUACUACUGGUAACAGCCCAGUUUAGUUUCUCUGCUAUUAGAUCAUCCCAGUAUGCAUUAACCAAACCUCUAUGGUCUUACAACUUGCUAAGUAGAUUCUAGUACAUUACUAAACAUAUCCAUAAGGCUUUGUGUACUUUAUAUUUCAAGCAAACAGUUUAAAGGGACUUAACAAAAGUGGGCUGUUUUCCUUUAUCACACACACCCCCCACCCAACUCCAUCCAGAGAAGAUAACUUAGGCAGUUUUACCCUGCCUAAGGGGGUUUUCUAUUGUCUCUUUUUCCCCCCCCUUUUUUUUCAGUACUGCCCAUACAGCAGCCAUACAUUAGGGCUCUUCUGCCUUGGUUUUCCAUGGAAAUGAGCAUACAUUCCCUGCUCUUUCCACUGAAAUAGGCUCACUCCAUGCUGCAGGGCUCUGCUGGAGGGUUUGAUGGAAUAGGAGUCAUCCAACCACCCACCACACUCACCCUUCAGUCCUGUUAGUUUACAUUCCUGGAAAUGACAGAAUUAUGACAACAAGUAAAGUCACACAGAACCCCCUGACUCAUCUAAAUGAGCCUGCAUUGGUUGAGUGAUGGACUUUGUUGUCAGAUGUGCAGUGAGAACUGUUCAACAGAGACAUGACUUUGCCAAUGGUGGCCACCAUUGAGAUUUUAAAAAAGCAACUACUGAAUGUGCAGACAAGAGGUGCUCAAAUCUCUGCUAAACAUUGCAAAUUCAGCAAUAAUAAACAGGCAAAGUCACUCUAAAAAGAAACAGAAAAAGUGUGCAAGAAGAAGGCACAAGGAAAGUGUUGUGUUGAUCCCAAUUUCUUCUGGUAGCUUCCCAACACAACCAUCUCUUAAAUACUUCUAUUUCCACUAAAGAGAUCCUCAUUGAUGCUACACCAAGUUGGAUGGAAGAAAACUACCUCAUGAAAGCAUAAAACCAGGUAUUGCUCCAGCAGCCACAGGCUCUAUUAAGGUUUUUUAAUCCAUGAAGGACAAGAAAGCAGAUGUGCAUUUCUGAGAGAAAUUAGUUUGGUGGGCAGCAGAAAUAAAAAGGUUGUCUGCCUAGGAACCUCUCCUAUUCAAUAUACUUAAUCAUUUACUGCCAGUUAAAAAAAAUUUCAAAUUUAGUCCAGCACUAGUUACUUCAGUGCUAAUUUCUACUUCGAUGCUUUUGAACAGCCCUGAGAUCUGCUACAGAGUGACUGCUUUCAGUCUUGAAACUUUUCAAUGAGCAGAAGGAAAAAGCAAGGUUCUGGUGUCAUUCUAACUGUAUUAAUGUAUCAGAGAAAACCAGCAGAAAAAUGUCUAGUCAAAGCAUAUGGCUUUAGCAGCAACUAGUCUGUUUCUAGGUAAGCAUCCCAAAAUAAAUAAUCCUGUCUGGGGCCUGGCAAGGAUGAUCAGUUCAGCUGACUUGCCCCUCCAGCACCUCCUGGCAUGGAGACAAUCCAGUGAGGGGGUCUGCACAUUCAAAAACACACCAUUUGCACGAGUCAUUCUCAGUCAUAUGUAAUAUCACAAAGCAUCAGCACAGAACGUGGGCAAGAGUCCAGGACAGGUUAAAAGUGUCCCCAUAAGGGACACAAAAGGGUAGAAAGCUGAAGAAAGGUAAGACCUGCAUUCAGUCUCUCACUGUUUCUUCACAGGAUCCACAACAUUUUGGCCAAGCCUUGCAUUUUCUCUGGAGUCACUUUCCACCAGUUAUUCCCAUUGUGCUUUCUGUGGCUGACACUUCUCUCUUAAAAGAUUUCCACUCUUUUGUGACUUAAACAACCCAUAAAAUUUUAAUUUUUAAUAUAUUGAUUUAUUAUAAAAUAAACAUUGAAUUUAUUAUUCAUAGCUAUGUGUAUCUCAAGAUGAUUUUUCCAUUCUUAACCAUCACUGUUCCACUAGUUCUGACAAAGAAAAUACAAAUGUUUUCAAAUCAUAGAGAUUAUAAUUUAAUAGUUUAAAAUGUGUUUUAAACUAAACUUCCUGAUGGCUGGAACAAGAAAUUUAAUUCCAGUGAGCUUUUUCAACAGUGAAUCUCAGGAUGGGAGCUGCCAGUGACUAUCUUUUCUAUAAUAAUGUUGCAACAUCAACUGCAAAGCUAUUUACAAAGGUUCUUCAAUCUGUAACACAUCUGUUUUUUCUGCCUGCAGUUUUCACACUCCUGCUUCAUUAUUUUUGUCCUGAGGUCAUGAUGAAUUUUUGGUUAUUAUUGUUUCUUUUUACUAGUUGCAAGUUUUAAGGAUCUUUCAAAAUGGUAAAGAAAAAUUUGUUUUAAAGUUCCAAGUACUAUUUAUACAUAUUGAGUCCCAGAGAGUGAGUGAAAUUAAUAACUUGGAUGAUUCUAGUUGUGAAGAGGUAUGGGAUAUAGACCUUCUCAGUAUCCAUAAACUAAAGCAUCAGUGAAAUACACUUUUUACUCAGAAAUGCUUCACAGAUUUUAUCAAAUCCCAAACAAAUCUCACUGUCCGUGGUAGAGAGAAGCAUAUCCUGUGAAAUCCUGCACAAUGUUACAUCUGAACCUCACCUGGCAACUCCCACAUAAAACCACCAGUUCUGUUUAAACCACAAGGAAGGACACUUGAUAUUUAAAGAUUUGCCUUUGUGGUAUCCCAGGCAGAAAGAAUUAAAACAGUUCACAGCUUUUUCUUGGAAUUUCCUUCUCGUCUCUAGAGAGGUGUGUUCUGGAGUCAUGUAAACACAGACAUCUGCUUGCUGUCACUUCAUCCUUUUUUUAAAUUCAUAAGAAUAGGAAGAACCCCAGAGGGAGUUCCAGACCAGGCCACUUUCAGCCACCAGCCCUCCAUGCCUUUAUCCAGUAACAAGGCAGAUGAAGUGCUGGGGCUCAUACAUAUUUCAUGAACCUUCUGGCUACAAGUUUUGUUAAACUUUGAAGUUAAUAAUACAAUUCAUUCUGUCUGAAAUUAGUAUAAAACCAAAUUUAUUUUUCAUAUGAAAAGUAUACAAAAUUGUACCAUUUUUAUACACCUAAAGUGUGUAAAGGAAAUUGUGAAAUACUGUAAGCUUAUGGUAAGAAGACCAUUAAACUAGAGUUGCUAUCUAAAAAACAAAAAAGUUUUCUAGGCAAAGUCAGGGAUUUUAGUGGAAGCCUCUCCAUAUCUUGUGCUUCUGUUUGGCAGUACAAACAACCUCUUUCUAUCAGAGUUAGAAAUCAGGACUCAUCUUCUAAUUACUUUGCCUCUGUUACUCCACACAGGCAAACUGUUACUCCUGAGCAGAGAACAGUGAUUCACAGUUGUAGAAAGAGCUUUAAUCUCUAUAUCCUGCUUAACAGAAAUUCACCUUACAGAUGGAAACAUUGCUUUUAAUAUAAAGCCAAACCAACACAUUAAUUGUAUUUCAUUAAGCAUCACAUCAGUCUUCAGACGGGGUAAUGUUAUUAGUCCAGCAUUUUGCAUAUAGGAAAAUGAAUGAAUACCAAGAGGAGAUGUCUUGCUUAAGCCUUAUUAUUGUUUAGUGGCAGAAGAGAACCUGGUGCUUUCUGCUCUCCCUAUUGCAUUCCCUAAUCAAUAACAUUUUCAGAUUAAUUUUCAAAUGCAUUGCCUUCCUGGGAGGAGGGAUGCCAGCAGAAAGUCAGCCAUGGUUUCCUACACAUGCUAAUGAUACAUGGUAGCUGUUUAAUUCUGUGAGCAUCUCUCACUCUCUGCUAUAACUGUUCAUUAAAUGUUCCAAAUUCUGACAGAGCUCUGAAAAUAACUCCUUGAUUUCCUUCAAAUCUACUAUAGAAAAUACAAAUAGAAACAGCUUUUAACAAAAGAAUAAGGACUUAGAAUACAUGAGAAUUUCCAUGAUUUCUUUGAUAAUCUACGUUUGUGUACUUCACAGAUCUCCAGGAGAGAGUCUUCUGUGGCCAAAAUAUGUAUGCCAAAUUAUACAUAACUUUUUUUAAUGGAAGGUAGUUUCAUUAAAAACCCCCAACAUUCUGUUUAAAAGGGAAAUUCUGACACUGGAGAAUUAAAUGGAAAUCCCAGCUGAAGUUAACAGGGGUUCUGGUUUUUGUCCUUAGUCUGAACUAAAAUCUGCAAUGACAGCAGGAACAAUUUCAACCUAAGAUAAUAGUUUUAAGUUUUCAGUCACAACACCAUAGCAUUGGAGGUCACAAUCUCCUUAGAAAAGGAAUAUUUACUCUCUUGAAUUUCACUGCAUAUGGAAAUGAUUUAUGCUGUAAUCACAAGCAUAGGCCCUUCCAGUGGAAGAUUCUCAAGCAAUUAUCACAGAGCAAAUCAGUCUUUAGCUCACUAGGCAUUAAUUUAACAAGACCUUUUUUAUUUUUUAAUGACCAGUAUCUUCAUAACUGAUUGAUGCCUAAUCUGGUGCAGCACCUGCUCUUUCAAUCUCCUGUGGUUCAGCUUUUCAGAUUAAUGAAUCAGAAAGACAAUUGUGACGGUAUUAUAAAAUGUAUUGUAAUAAACUUUCCAUGCUUCAAAACAGAAAAAUAAUCCACAAAUUGAUUUCCAGAGUUGAGGUUUCAGGAUCUGAAUGGUUUUUUCACUGGGGACUCUUUUUGGACAGGAGCUUUAAGUGACAUCAUCAUUUUCUAAAGCAUAGAACUGCCACCAUAAUCAUAAGUCUUUUCAUGCAUUUUAUUUUUUAAAAGCUACAGAAAAUCAAGCCUAAAAAUGUCAAUGCAUUCCAGAUAGUGGUCAAACUGUGCAAAUGCUGAAUUUAUAUUCCAGCAAUAUGUAAUACUUCACAUGAUAUAGAUGAUGUUUUGCGAAACACGGGGUGAAUAAUACAAGUGUUACAAACCUGAUUUCCUGCUUUUUAUGACUACUUACAGAGUGCUUAAUGACAACUUGAGGCAGCUUUUGCCUUCCCAUUUCGGAACAGUUUUAGAACUGCUUUGAAGAACAGUAGGAGCUGCCAGCUUCCCCAGUGCACUCUGGAGCAUCCUAGCAAUAAGAAAUCUAAUCCCAGUUGUUGGGUCUGUUUAUAUGCUGAUGAAUUUAAUAAUGCUGUGGAUGUGUUCUCUCUCCUGUCCUGUGAAAUCCUUCAACAGUUAGACGACUUUUCAAGGCAUUAUACAACCAAGUGGUGCUUUCUUGGAAAGAGGGUGGAGCCCAUGUCCUGUUAAACACUCUGCAGAGCAAAAAAAGUGCUUGUGGAUUUUACCUGUUGAUUUUGUCUUGUCAAACUGUUGUCUCUACAUUGGGUAGAAACUUGGUCAGUCAUCACCAUUUCCUAUAGCAGGAGCUAUUUAAAAUAUCCAUCACACUUAAAACACAAUAAAUAGAUUCCCUCCAAUUGAGUGUCUGUGAAGCAUCUAUAUUUGAUGUUCUUUCUAUUCUGCAUAUGAAAUCCUGACUUGUUCCUGUUAACUGCAGCCUCUUAUGUUGUAAGAAGAAGGUUUUAGACAUUAUUUUUAUGUAGUCAAUAUAACUGAUCCCUCUCAUUCUCAUAGCAUUUUUCUUCCGAGUUCUGUAGAGGAAAUGGAUGAUUUCACCUAAAUUUAAACUACCAGAUUCCUUAUUUCAUUAUGGACUGCAGUGACUGUAUUUAGAUCAGUUGGAUGCUCCUGACUCCCCUUCUGCUCUUGCCACUGCAAACAUGUCAUAUAGAUUAAACAUUUAGACAGAAACAUACUUUAGCCAAGACAGGAGGAAGCCUCAUAUUGGGACUGCAACUCAAACUAUCAGAUAUUUUUAGAACUUGAUGGAAAUACUUAUUCAGUGCUUUGAUUUACAGCUUCCCAUGAUGAUUACAAUACAAAAGUUCCAUAACACUGAAACCUUAAUACAGGACUGAGGAAUGAAAAAGAAAAAAAAACAAAACAAAACAAAAACCAAACAGUGGAAGAGGCUGCAAGGUAGAAACAAAUGUCAGGCACUUUAAGUAAAGUAUGCAGAAUGUUUCCCUGGAUAUGAAGAAACAAUUUGCAGUCUAGCAAUUGAGACUAGCAAGAAACACCUAAACCAAAACUGACCUGGAGCUUUCCAGAUCAUUUGAAAGAGAAGGUCAUCUCCAAUUCACCUGAUGCUAGAAGCUGAAACAGGGUUGAUAGAAUAGCUCUGCAAAGUUCUCUUGGAUUUGUUGGCUGUUUUGUCAUUAUUCCCAAAAGGCAACAUUGUCAUGGCAAGUACAGUUUGGAAAUAAAAAUUAUUACUACUA